AUGGCUUCUCCGGCCCGGCCCGAGGCCUCGGCGACCACCCUCCUGCCUCCCGCGGCCGUGCUGGCGUUGAGGAGCCCUUCGUCUUCCAGCCGGCGGGGGCGGCUUUCCGACUCUGACUUCGGCAGCAGCCUCGAGCAGAAUGAUUACUUGAAAUCUGUGGACCUUAAUCAUGUUAUCAAGCUACUUGAAGAAACAGAAUCAAGUAAUUCAGAAGAACUGUUGCAAGCGCUACAAAAUGUUGUAAAACGGUAUGAAUCUGGGAUUCCCCUUAAGGAGUUAACAAGAAUCUCUAAAAUUUUAAACCUAUGUGCAGAAAAAAUUCCAGACCACAAAUAUUUUAUAGAACCUACAUGUGAAAUUGUUAAAUUAUAUCGGUUACCAUUUUAUAAAAAGAAGUUAUCUGAUGAAGUGAGCUAUGCCAAAGAAGCUCAAGAAUCAAUUGCACAACUGGGUUAUUUGAUGAGGGUACCAUGUUCUCAAGUAAGGAUACAAAUCUGUAAGUGUCUUAUUAGCUUUUACCAUGCUGAGCCACAAAAGAAAGAAUUUGAAGUUUACCAACCUUUGCAUGCAAACUAUAAAAGGAAGAUGGUGGAAUUAGGAGGGUUAGCAGAAACAUUAGUCUUGGCGCUGGCAUUAGUUGAAAAUCAACUUACUGAAAGAUUAUGGAUAAUUAAAACACUGCAGCAUCUUUCCAUAUCUGAGGCAAACUGCAAGUUUAUGAUGAAAGCCGAGGCGCCAAAAAGACUGUGUUCUCAUAUGAAUGAUGCUGAUGUCACUGGGCAGCUGCUAUUCCGGUCCUCAGAAGUUCUCUGGAAUUUAUUAGAAAAUGCCUCUAAGGAAGAAAUUGUUACUCAGCUCAGUAACUUGGAAUGUGUACACGCUCUGAAAGAAGCAUUUACAACCUUACUUUUACGUGGUUCCCGCAAUUAUGAUCGUCAGCUAAGAAAUGACAUUUUAGUGAUAUCCACUCUCAUAGCUCAAAACCCUGGAGCACCGAUGAUUGAAACUGGAUUUGCCAAGCAGUUAAUACUCUUUGCCACUUUUGUUGAAGUGAAAAGCCAUAAUCCUUUGGUAAAAGGCCUCAAACUCACGUACACUAAUGAAGAUUUUGAGUUGAAAAAGUUGCUGCUUAACAUGCUUACUGUACUAGCAAAGGACUUAUGUAUAGUACAGCUGCUACAUGAGGGUAAAGUUUUGCUGGCGUUGUUUCAUUAUGUUAAACCACAUGAAAAGCCAGGAGUUCUGGACUGGUCUGCAGCCCAGCAUGAAGAAUUACAGCUUAAUGCAAUUGCCACCUUAGCUUCAGUGGCUCCUCUACUGGUAGAAGAUUACAUGAUGUGUCAAGGAAAUACUCGCCUUCUCACUUUCCUAGAAUGGUGUGCAAGCAAUGAUCCCUUUGUUGGUCAAGGCAACAGUUUCCAUGGUACAGGUGGUCGUGGCAACAAACUUUCACAGAUGCGCUACUGCUUAAGAGUCCUGAGUCCUGUUGUGUCUCUUUGUGAUGAGGCUGUGAAUCUUGAUCUUUGUGAUCAGGGAGCAAUUAAUCAACUAUUGGGUUUGUUAAAGUACACAGCGAACAAUUACAAAGAAGAGGCAAUUGUGUUGGAAAUUCAGACUGAUAUUUUACUUAUCUUGUCAACCCUUUGUGAAAAUGAUACUCAUAGAAAGGAACUCUUUGGAUGGGAAGGAGUGGAUACACUUAUUCCAUUUAUGAAGUUGGAUGCAAAGAAAUUCUAUGGUGGACUGGGUCAUCAUCGUCUCCUUUUUAGCACUUUGGACAGUUUAUGGUGCUGUGUCAUGGGCUGUACCAUUUUAGAGGACUAUUUUCUUGAAAAGGAGGGUCUCUUUCUCCUCCUGGAUUUGCUGGUGUUGAACCAGAGGAACGUUUGCAACCAAAUUCUUGGGAUACUCGUUGAAUUUUGUGACAACCCUAAAGCUGCUUCUCAUAUCAAUGUCUGGAGAGGAAAAAAAGAGCAAACUGCAGCAAAUCUGUUAAUAGGUUUAUGGAGACAAGAGGAGGAGGAGUUAGGUGUGAAACAUGACAAAGUUGGGAGAAUUGUUGAUAUAAGGAGGCCAUUAGUUGGCCAUUUCCAAGCACAUCAAGCAGUGACUCCGAUGCCUGCCAGUUGCCCUACCGUUGCUAUCAUGGAUGUUGCUGAAAACAUGAGAGCGAAGAUUUACUGUAUAAUCUGUAAGCUAGGCUUUGAAAAUUUGCCUGGCCUUUCUGCAAAGGAUUUUGUUACACUUGCUAUCAUACGUAGAUAUCUCGACUUUAAGGUUGGCGAAAUCUGGGGUGAAGUGUAUGCAGAACUUAAGGAAGAAAGGUUCAGGCCAGUCACUGCUGAUCAGGAAGCAAUGCGGGUUAUUACGGAAACAUUUGAAAAUGUUGGAAAGAUGGUUGUGUCCCUGCAGACUGAAAUGCUGGAAAGCCAGCAAUAUCAGGAACGUCAGGAGGAGCACAAAAAUUAUGCCAAGAUCCAAUCUCUCCAUAAGCAGAAGGAUAUGGUAAAUAAGUCCUGGGAAAGUUUCUUAACCCGGACAUCAAAUUAUGAGGCUUUAAAGAAAGCAAAAAAGAUUCAGGAAAAAUCAAUAGAAGAAUCUAGAGUAAAGGCAAGACAACUCAAUACAACAUUCCAUCCAACUGAUAUUAAAAAACUAAAUACAACUAUUGCAGCUGGUCGCAUAGUAACAGUGGAAAGCACACCACAUCAAUUGACUGGGGGGCCGUUAGCUGACACAGAGCUUGCGCUCAAAAAGCUCCCUAUUCGUGGAGGAGCCUUACAAAGAAUCAAAGGAGUGAAAGUGAUGGAGCCGUUCAAGAAAGAUUCAGUGUCUGUAAAGUAA